AUGUCACUUCCCACCCCCAAUUCUUUCACCCAGCCUUGUCCUAGGCGUGGAGCCCCACCUCAGACUUCAUCAUCAGCCACGCGACUAAAUAAGAACUUGAAUUCCAUCAAGAAAGCUCCUACCAUGCUGCCUUCACGUAGAAAAUUUCCAUCUCGACAGUUCAAAACCAUCAACAUCACCAAAACUAGCGCACAACCCGGUCUCACAGCUACUAGCAAGCACACUUAUCGACCUUCACGGAAACGUCAAAUCGUACUCCUUGCAAGUACUUCUAUGAUUCCAACACCUAUUCCACCAGGUUCUCGAUUCCCAUCCGUGCAAAGGGCCAACAAGCUGUAUUCCAAGGCCUCUUUGAUCAAUGCAGAGAGUGAGACUUCUCCGACUACUCUGGCUUAA